AUGAAUUUACUAGAGUCUAGAAAGGAUGAAAACCAAUCUGUUUAUUGGCAUCAACAAGCGGCCGAUAAUAAGAAUACGAGUGCAAACAUUUAUCUUGCAAAAUGUUAUAGGUUAGCAUUUGAAUGUUAUAAAAAAUCGGCAAAACAUUUUGAUGAUGAAAAAAAUGGUGAAGGUGUUUAUGCCGAUGAAUUAUUAAAAGCGAAUAGAUAG